GGGAGAGUUGGUACCACAAAUGCACUGAACAGUACAGAGGGAGCAAGACGGGCAGUGAAGCACUAACAGAACACUGGCACUAGUGGACUUUUAAAAGCAGAAAGCUAGAGAGAGGUUGACACUAAAAAGAGUUGGAAAAAGUAUCUACCUGCGACUAAGAGAGGCGCGACUGACACACACACACAAAAAAAACUAAACUCGAAUCAGUAUCUCUGAUUAGUUGGUCAGUGCAACGUUUUUCCAUUUUAAACAAGGACCCCUCUGGAGUAUCGGUAAGUCGGAGAACAGACUGUCUCCAAACCAAGGACCUGCGUGCUAACAUUUAAACCUGCUCCUACCCAAAACUACUUAGACGUUGGGAGUAUCAAUAUGGCCACUGCACUACCCCAGCACUUCCUUCUGGUAGCGCUGCUGUUCCUCUGCCAGUGGUCUGCACCGGUGGUCAGGGCUCAGACCAGCCCAUCCCCUCCGUCUGGCUGCGGCCAAAACAUGAACCCCCUCUACUACAACCUGUGUGACCUGUCUGCGGCCUGGGGGGUGGUGCUGGAGGCAUUCGCCGGGGCGGGCGUGGUGGGCACCUUCGUGGUAAUUAUUGUGCUAGUGGCAAACUUGCCCUUUGUCACGGAUGGGAAGAAGAAGAGCGUGGUGGGGCUGCAGGUGGGAUUCCUGCUGUGCACGCUGGGGCUGUUCGCCCUCACGUUCGACUUCAUUGUCAAGCCCAACUUCUCCACCUGUGCCUCCAGGCGCUUCCUCUUUGGUGUCUUGUUUGCCGGCUGCUUCUCCUGCCUGCUGGUGCACAGCAUCCGCCUGAACCUGCUUGUGCGGAAGGACGAUGGUCCGCGGGGAUGGGUGUUGUGCCUGGGCGCCCUAGCUCUCUGGCUGGUGGAAGUCAUAAUCAACAUGGAGUGGCUGAUCAUAACCAUAGUCCGCAAUGCCCCAAGCACCACCGUUGUGGGGGACCCGUGCUCCUUUGCCAACAUGGAUUUCGUCAUGGCGCUCAUCUACGUGAUGGUCCUCUUGUUGGCCACGCUAGUGUCCAGCGUUUCUGCCCAGAUGGGCAAGCACAAGCGCUGGAGGAAGCACGGCAUCUUCAUCCUGCUGACGGCCCUCCUGUCUAUAGGCAUGUGGGUGGCGUGGAUUGUGAUGUAUGUUUUUGGGAACAGCAGGGUGGGGAGCUCUCUCUGGGACGACCCCACACUGGCCAUCGCGCUGGUCUCCAAUGCCUGGACCUUCCUUAUCUUGUACAUCAUCCCUGAGCUCUGCCUGCUCACCAAGGAGCCGGAGGCACAGCCGAGCUACCGAGGCGACCUGUACCCCACCAGAGGGGUGGGCUACGAGACCAUCCUCAAGGAACAGACGUCCCAGAGCAUGUUCGUGGAAAACAAAGCUUUCUCCAUGGAUGAACCAAGCACAGCUAACAAGCCUGUGUCCCCGUACUGUGGUUACAACGGGCAGAAUCGCAGCUGUGUGUACCAACCCACAGAGCUCGCACUGAUCAGUAAAGGCCCUGAACAUCACUCGGAAAUGCAGUACGAAGUGGCUAUCCCACGGGCAAGUGUAAUCUCCCAGCCGGCAAGCAGCAACAACUCCACGGUCCGAGCCGAAGACGCUGUCUCCACAGCAGGGCAACAGAGGAACGGAAGCGUACGUGAACUGAACAAACACUCACCUCUCCACUGCUUCGGUGUCACCUGACUGUCACCUCCUCUCUCUCUUUCUCUCGUUCUCUUGCUUACCCAGACCCCACAAAAAGGCUCUUGUUAGCCAAAAAGCUAUUGACGUCAUUCCUGUUCACUUGUACAAAGAACUUAAAUGUCUGUUUAGCAUGUAGUUAUGCAGUACAAUUUCUGGAUAUUCUUUACAUUGUUAAUGGAUAAAUAUUUAUCUGAUGCCAGUGUGCAAAACAACAUGUUGAAUAGAUGUAAUAGAUACGGCUACAUUCUCGAAAGACAUUUAUGUUUUUUUCAACGUUCUCUUGUAAAGAGGAACCGUGACUGAGCUACACAAAGCCUUUUUUAACCUCAUCUCAACACUUCACUUCCUGUCACAUGGGACUUCAUUGCUCCCUCAUAAACUUCUAUUACAGUGCAAAACUUUUAAAUGGUUCCACCUUUUCACUUUGACAAGCACCUAGUAAAUCUGCCUGACGGGAAUUCUUUAGAAUAUGUCUUUAUGUAGGCCUUUGUUUUAUUAUGUAUUAAUUUCUGAUUUCCAUUAAACCAUUGCAAUAUAAAAAAUAACAUGCCUGUAAAACUCACUAUUUAUUUUUUUUUUUUUUUAAGGGAAACGGCUUUUAUUCCAAAUCGCUUUGGUAAACAUCCCUCAGACUUCUCAACCUUUUCCAGUGAUGCAAAGACUCCCAGCUGACCCCAUAAAACUAAGACUUUUUUUUUCUUUUUUUGGUUGUUCCCUUCACUGCUAGCCAAGCUUCAGGGUUGAUGGCAGAUUCCUCUACCGAUACAGAGAGGGAGCGAGAGCGCAGUGUCCUAGCUCCUCACUCUCUCACUACAGCCUCACACAGGAGGAGGCAAGGUGUCCUUGGGGAUCAUCUCAAAGGCUGUGCCUCUCCAUGCUCUCUGUCAGCCUCGCACCAGCCUGGCUUCGGUAUGAACAGCUAUAACAAACCCCACGGACAAAGGCGCUUUUUUUUAUUAUCAAAAUGUUAAUCCUAAUGUGACAAAAAAAAAAAAGUUAAUGAUAUUUCGACUGGGAUUUAUCUUUUGUGAAAAAAAGAACAGAUGUGGCAGGUAUAAACAAACCCCCACCACCUUCCUUUUCUCCCCUUCUCUCCUUGCUGACCGUUGAAUUUUUUUUUCUUUUUUUUUUUGCUGCUGGUUUGGACUGUGCAGAUAGUGUGACUCCUACAGCCAGACAAAGAGGAGGAGGUGCAGUGUUUUAAUAACUCAAUAACUAGGACUCGAAGCAGCUUGCUGUUCUAGAUGCGAUCUGCACCCACAUGCAGCAGUAAAGCUUCCGUGAAUCCACCAGUACAGAACCAAGACAAAAAAUUCAGAAAGCCAAGUUGGCUGCAUCAAUAAUGCAAGCACACUUAGUGCUCCCCGAGCAUAGAAUAUACACAGGGUUCAAAUAACGCCUAACCAGCUGUACUAAAAUGCAUCUUCAGCUAAAAAACAAAGUCAUCAUUGCUCUCCAGAUGCCCAGAAUAUGGCUGUCACUUUAGCAGCAGUCGCAAACAAUCCAUGGGACCUGUGAUCACCAUGAUGUGCCUAAGGGUUUAAUAGUGAGUACUGUCUUCAGUCUCUCCAGCUGUGCACCAGAGAGGGAAUGCCUUACAUUUCAGUUGACUGAAUUUACUGUUUUUGUUUUGUUUCUUCUCAUUUUCUGUUAUUUUAACUAGGCGCUUGCUUCAAUGCAGUGUUUGCAAGAUAGAGGUGGAUGUCAAUUGAAUGUUUUCAGGUUUGUUAAACAAACUGUGACCAUUGUGUUAAACUGGGGGAGUUGUUUUAGCAGGAAAUAAACCAGAAAAUUGUCCCUGAUAUAUAUCUCCAACAGUACAUUUGCAUAAUGGUAUCAGAUAGAGACACAGAGACAUUGUAAGGUGGUAUUGGUAUAUUAUAGCUAAAGAUGGUAUUCCUGGACAAUCAAUGAGAAAAAAUAUAACCUUGCAAUGCCACCUUAAAUCAGGUGUCUCAACACUGACACAUUGGUUUUUUGCAUGAAUUACUCUGCUGAAAAGUUAAUUGAAUUGUGCCCAAAAGUUUAAUGGAAAUUGUAUUACUUAUUUAAAUAUAUGACCAGUACCAGUAGGCUACACUAAUUUUUAAAAUAAUACUGACCUAUAUCUAAAUGUGACAAAUGUGCAUUGAUGUGUUGCAGUUAUCUUUUUUUUUAUGUAAAUUGGCAAGCUUAAUCUCUGAUUGUUGCAAAAUGUCUCUUCGGAGGGAAAGUCUGCUCAGUUUAUUGUGAAGAUAAGUCAUAAAACUUGGGCAGGAGUUAAUUAUGGAAAAUAAAUGUGAUGUUCCACAGCAGUCUGUGAUACAGCGCCCAUUGUGUUGUUUUUAUUUCUAAAUGUCUCUCUUCUACAGCCACAGAACACACCUGUAAUCUACCCACAGUUUGCAAGCAGCUUUAGCUCUGCUCUUGAUUAGGUAAUCCUGGUAUGCUUACUUUGAUUUCUUUCAUUUCUGCAGUAGGACAGCUUGUGGCGAGAGACAAGCACACAAGCCCACCUGUACAAGCCCUGCUACCCUGCACAACUGCUGUCAAGUAAUGCAUACAUUUAUUAUUUUAAUAUGACACCUGUUAUCUCUUUUUUUAUUGAAGAUGGGACCUGAGCUUUUAAUUAAAGUUCAAAUAGUAACGGA